GCUGCAGCCAGCAAGCUCCAGAAAGAAAAAGGGCAGAGCAAGAACCGGUCGAUCCAGUCUAGCCGCAGGCCACGAUGAGGAGGAGCAUCUCCUCCACGGGAGGCAACCUCUCGCCGCUCUUCGUAGUGGUAGUGGUGGUGGUGGCCGCCGCUGCCGUCCUCCCGGGCGCCGCCGCGUACAAGAACUACACCGUCGGCGACGACAAGGGCUGGUACGACGGCCUCACCCUCCCCGGGGUCGACUACCAGGAGUGGGCCGACGGCAAGAACUUCAGCCUCGGAGACUUCCUCAUAUUCAACACGGACAAGAACCACUCGGUGGUGCAGACGAGGAACGAGACGCUGUACAAGAGCUGCGACUACAACGACUCCGGCCCGGACGACACCGUCGAGUGGUCGGCCGCCGCGCCGGAGUUCAGCAAGGACGCCGUCACCGUCGCCGUGCCGCUGCUCAGGGAAGGGGGCUCCUACUUCUUCUCGGGGAACUACGACGGCGAGCAGUGCGAGAACGGCCAGCGCUUCGCCAUCACCGUCGCGCACGGCCAGGGCCUCCCGCCGGACCUCCGCCCGCCGGCCGCCGAGGCUCCCGGCCCCUCCUCCUCCGCCUCCGGCGCCGCCGGCGCGCCGCCUGCCGCCUUCGACUUCAGCCACCCCAAGAACGUGUCGAGCGCGCCAGCCGACAUGUCGACCACCGCGACGCCGGACGGCGACGACGACGACGCGGCGCCGAGCACCAGCGGUGCGGGCCAGACUCUGGCCGGGCUCGGGUCUGGUCUGCUGGUGGUCGCGGCCACGGCGCUGCUCCUCGCGGUGGUGCAACUGUAGUUUGACACGUGGAUGCACAUGGCGCUAGCUUGAUUAAAGCUGCUCGCUUAAUUCGUUGGGCCUAAAUCCUAAUUAAAUUAUGAGAUUUGUUUGAUUUGUUUGUAGUUUUAUUGGAAGCUGCUUGAGCAGGAAGAGUGCUGUAUACUUUAUACCAGAGAUAUUUAAUUGCCUCUUUGCGUA